AUGUCCAAGACUGCGUCCGCACCACACGAUGACCUCGACAACUACGACGUGGGAGACUUAUCCGACGACCCAUUCCGAACACCCACCCCUCCACCAUCUAAAAAGCGAAAGGAAGCCGACACAGGCCUUGGGAUUGACACAGAAGUCGCGGUUCAGAAACGGGCGCGGGUUCCAAAUAUCAAACUUGAUGAGGACAGAUUGCUAGGCCCUGCUGGAAUCCCGAAGCUGCAAACCCGCGCACGAAAGCUAAAGAUCAAAGGCAAAGGCCACGAGUUCUCAGACGCUGCCCGGCUUUUAUCAUUCUAUCAACUAUGGCUCGACGACCUCUUUCCAAAGGCCAAAUUCCUCGAUGCCCUUGCGAUGGUGGAGAAGGCGGGCCAUAAGAAGAAGCUCGUGACAGCAAGAAGUGAAUGGAUCAACAGCGGUGCACCAAAACCGACAACUGCAGCUGAUUUCCUGGAUCUGGAUGAUGGCGACGCUGGUGUUUCGCAGGGAUCGAAGACUACCACAGGGGGGGCAAGCAUGGAAAGGCCGACAACACCUACCGUGAGGAGGAACGGGGCUGAUGACGAUGAUGAUCUGUAUGGGGCCACACCGAGGGCAGCCAGAAUAAACGUACCGAUCCUUGGCGGGCCCGACCAGCCAGAUGAUAAUGAGCUGGAGGCACUUAUGGCUGAAGCCGACAAUCAUGACAAGGCGAGGAAGAAUCCAGUCGCGGAUGACUUGGAAGACGAAGACUUGGAUGCGUUGAUUGCUGAAGCAGAGAGCUUUGAUGCUGGCCAAAAACCACCUCCAUCAAAACCAGUGGCAAACAUAGCGAAGCAGCAAGAAGACGAGUUUGCUGAUGACGAGGCAGCACUACGGGAGAUGGAAGAGAUGUGGUAA